UAUAUUAUGCACUGCGCCGGUAUAUUGUUGUGACAGUGAUUGCGUCCGCACUGGCGUGAAUGAUCAUGAUCAUGAUAGAUGAUGUGCUGCUCAAUUUUAUUUGACAUUAAUCACUUGAUCUAUAUAGGAAUUGAAAUUGUUAUGGAUGUCAAGUUCAUGCCCAUUGUCGGAGUUUCAACCACUACGGGAAUCAAGAAAAUCAAAUACACUUUAAUUUAUUUUGCUAGCUGAUCGAGCUGCUCAUGAUUACCCACGCGUUUGCAAUAUUUGAUCUCGCUGGUAUAUACCAUUAGCGAGCUAAUUGCCAACACUUUCAGUAUACCGGUCCAUCGCAAAUCCGCAGCCAAUUUACUCCAGUGUGCAAAUAGCUUUAACAUUUGUGAUAACGAUUGAGACAUGAUAAUGUUGUGAUCGACAAACAGAAGAGAAUGGUAGGAAAUGUGUAACUCAAAUCGAAGCUCAUAUCUCUUUUUGCAAUGGCGCUAAACACAUCGUUAGGAGCAACGAAAAUAUCCCCAUCAGUGCAAAAUACUGGCAAAGGAACACAGGAGGAAGAAAUGGCUGGAGUAAAAGGCGUACGCCAUGAAAAAUAUCGAGAGGACGGGCGCGAAUUACAGAGACCUCGAAGAAGGACCAAAUCGUCUGGUGAAGACCAGGAACUGGGUGGAAUGAACGCCUACAUCCUGAUCGGUUCCGCGAUCCAGAACACUGGAGCCCACGGUAUUCCGAACAUCGCCCGAGCUAAUUCUAUGUCCAAACGAAUCUUCUGGUCGGUCCUCUUUGUGGGUGCUAUGGCAGUAUUCUUCUGGCAGAUGGUGAUGAUCAUCGAUGCCUACACCGAUUACGAGGUCAUUACGAGCUUGGACGUGCUCUACGCGAGCAAAAUAGGAUUUCCUGCGAUCACCGUCUGUAAUUUGAACUCGUACGCCAGCUCGAAGGCAAGUGUUUUCUCCAAGGAGUUUGCUGAAGCUGUGGGCGUGACUUACAAUGCCAAUGGAAACGAUGGGGUUAAUGCGACGUCAGUAGUUCCAGGUCCUACCGGGACGGCAACACAAGCAUCCUCAACAGAAAGGGUACGUGGCUUACAUUUUGAUUGACCUCUUUGGUCGACAAAUAAUCUUGUUGCUUCCACGCCAUAAUGACGCACCAAACUCGUAUUCUGCAUAAUAUUUUCUCUUAUUUUGCCGUACAAAAUUAUUUUGUAUCAUCAACCCUUUUCAUGGAAGAAACUUUUUACUUCAGCCUCGUCCUCAGAAAUACAAGGUAGAAAACCCACUACACCUGCUCAAAAUUAAAUACACCCACACCCACCCACCACCUAUCCAACACACACACCUGCACACGCACACACACACACACACACACACACACACACACAAGUUUCUAGACUAGAAAAAGGUGCGUAAUUAUUAUGACCGAUAAACAAUCACAUUUCCCCCUUCAAAUUAGCAUAUCUGAUAUUAUCUUAAUGCUACGAUUUGAUCAGAUAUCUGAAAACAAUAUACCUUUUUUAAAAGCUACGGUUAAUUUUGAAAAUUGAUGGUCGGUAUUUAUUUUUCCAAAUGACAUGUAAAAAACAGUAAAUAAAAAAAAUAAAAGUACAUAUAAAAUCAAGAAUAUAAUGAAUGGCAGGAUAGCCCACUAAGCUUUGUUAACAUAACAAAACUGUUUUCCCUGGCAUAUCUCUAUACUCUGAUUCAUUUUUUAAUGGCCAAUUAUGCCGAAUGUGUUGGAAACAUGCACGAGCAGACGCCAAGCCUUUGCGAAGUGAAGGUCGAUCACCCGUAAUUGAUAGAUCAAAGUAGCCCUGUAAAUCUGAUGAUUAUAUGCUUGACCCCGACAUGAUCAAGAUGAAGUGGUCACUCAGAUUACCGGAUUUACCUGCAACUAAACGACACCUUACCGGUCAGGGUAAGGGCAGUUAGUAAUAUAUCUGAAAUAACCAAUUUAAUGGAAGAGCAUUUAUAUUAUAUAUGAUUGAUCGAAUCUAUUUCCCAUUUUUUGCGAGGAGAAAGAGGAACAUUAGUUCGUGGCUAAUGCUAAUUAAUUCGGAUUUGCGUAUCUAUGUAAAUGGGUUCAAAGUAAGGGCGGAAUUAAACGAGACAACCCAUGUGGCCGAAGACCUACGUUGGGGUACUUUGGGAGACGUAGGCCCCCCCCCCCUCACAAUUUGGAAAUGCGGUCACAAUAUUGUCACUACAGGUGGGAAUCGUGCAACACCUUGCGGCUGGGAUCUUUGGCUAUUGCAUUGAUGGUAUUGCCACUAAGACUUUGGUAACCUUGCAAACAGAACACUAAUUUACACAAAUAAUUAGUUGAAUAAACCUUUAUUAAUGUAAACUAUUCCUAACAAUGGUUACAAGAGAAAAUAUAAAUAAAUUACAAACAUAUGGGACUUGAACAGAAGAAUAAUAUAAUUCACUGAUUAAUGUAGAUCCUUAGCUAUGUCUUUAGUUUGUGUAUCUCCUGUUUCUGGAGUGUCCUGUCGACGACCUGUCUGUCUGACGUCAACCCUUGUCGCUGGAUAGACCUGGACCACUGGUACCAUCCUGUCAGCCUAAUUCCAGUUACAGUACAGCAACAUACAUCCUUACCACCCUGCCAAAUUAGAUAUAAAUAUAAAUGAUUUCUAGUAAUUUGUUCAAUCUAUAAUUACAUCUUUAUUCUUAAAGCCUCUCUUUAGUGUUAGGUGCCCAAAAUUGUUUUAAUGGCAAACAUUCAUUUCAAUUGUAGAAUUUAGGUCAAGAAGAUGUCAUUUCAGUACUAACACUGACUUCUGCAAGGUUUUUCGAAAUAAAUGUGUUUGAAGACGAAUAUUGAUGAAAGAGUACAAAAAUAUAGGUUUUCUGUGUACAACAUAAAGCACGAGUUUUGUAUUCUCUUAUCAUUAUUCGUCUUCAAACAGAUUUGUUUUGAAAAUCCUUGCAGACUUGAGUGUAUAAUAUGACAUCCUCUUUCACAUCAUUACACUAUUUAAGUGAUUUUUUUUUACAUCAGAUUUGUUAGCGAAUCUGGGAUUCCCAACACUUUGAAGGGGCUUUAACAUUAUAUUAAUACAAUAUAAGAAGCUCUUGACAUGUUACAUAUACACUUCGCAAUCUGGUGUACUUGGCAUUCAUUAUUAAUAAAGACUUCUUCCAAAAAUCAGUUA